AGCACUAAAUCCACAGCGCAACAGACUACCGGUGCACAGUUCACCGCUGAGCCCGACACAGACACACUGAGAGCGCCUAAACUGGAGGGUUUAACUCCGGGAUGCAUCGGCGUGGCUUUUAAUAAGCAACAACAGCUCAUAUUUAGCUCUAUAACGCUUCAGUCCUCACUUGUUUGGACCGUUUAAAGGGGAGAGUUGUUGUUUUUUUUUUUUUGGUCCUUAAAAAACCCAACCGGACUUCUUCUCCGACACUGGAAAGGGGGGGACUUAAACUCCCGAGUCAAGAUGUCAAUUUUGCCUUUCACUCCCCCGAUUGUCAAAAGACUUUUGGGCUGGAAGAAGGGAGAGCAGAACGGACAGGAGGAGAAGUGGUGUGAGAAGGCGGUGAAAAGUCUGGUGAAGAAGCUGAAGAAGACGGGACAACUGGACGAACUGGAGAAGGCCAUCACCACUCAGAAUAUCAACACAAAAUGCAUCACCAUACCGAGGUCUCUGGAUGGCCGUCUGCAAGUUUCCCACAGGAAAGGUCUGCCCCACGUCAUCUACUGCCGUUUGUGGCGCUGGCCCGACCUGCAGUCCCACCACGAGCUGCGGGCGGUGGAGCUGUGCGAGUACGCCUUCCACACAAAGAAGGAUGAAGUGUGCGUGAACCCAUACCACUACCAGAGAGUAGAGACGCCAGUCCUCCCACCGGUGCUGGUGCCGAGACACACAGAAAUCCCCAGUGAGUUCCCACCUCUGGAUGACUACAGCCAUUCAAUCCCUGAAAACACCAACUUCCCUGCUGGCAUUGAGCCCCAGAGCAACUACAUACCAGAAACGCCACCACCAGGCUACCUCAGUGAGGAUGGAGAGACCAGCGAUCACCAGAUGACCCAUAGCAUGGACACAAGCUCCCCAAACCUGUCACCAAACCCUGUUUCACCAACACACAGCAACCUAGACCUUCAGCCUGUGACAUACUGCGAGCCGGCCUUCUGGUGCUCUAUUUCUUACUACGAGUUGAACCAGCGAGUAGGAGAGACCUUCCACGCCUCACAGCCCUCGCUGACAGUGGAUGGCUUCACGGACCCCUCCAACUCAGAGCGUUUCUGCCUGGGCCUGUUGUCCAACGUCAACCGCAACGCAGCUGUGGAGUUAACACGUAGACAUAUUGGUCGAGGUGUGCGGCUGUAUUAUAUCGGAGGAGAAGUGUUUGCUGAGUGUCUCAGCGACAGCGCCAUCUUUGUCCAGAGCCCCAACUGCAACCAACGCUAUGGCUGGCACCCUGCCACAGUCUGCAAGAUCCCUCCAGGAUGUAACCUGAAGAUCUUCAACAACCAGGAGUUUGCUGCCCUGCUGGCACAGUCAGUUAACCAGGGCUUCGAGGCUGUGUACCAGCUGACCAGGAUGUGCACCAUCCGCAUGAGCUUCGUCAAGGGCUGGGGAGCCGAGUACAGGCGACAGACGGUGACCAGCACCCCCUGCUGGAUCGAGCUGCACCUGAACGGCCCCCUGCAGUGGCUCGACAAGGUGCUCACACAAAUGGGCUCCCCGAGCAUCCGCUGCUCCAGCGUCUCUUAGGGGGAAACCCUUCAUCCACCCACUUCCUGUACACCACGUCUCCUGUCAAUGACUUAAAACAACACACACACACACACACACACACACACACAGACUGCACGCAGACAAAAACGGCUACACCGUAACCGCCCCUCGUUCAGCCAAUCCAUAAACUGGGUCCUUCCGCCCCACCAGCUGUCCGUAGCACUUUUUAUAUACAUGUUGUUUGUGGCAAAAGGGGACAAGUGCAGUAAAGCAGAACCAUGUUAGUAUGAUCUCCACAUUUUGUCCAGAAUUAUUUUGAUGGUCGUAGAAAGGCCGUAGCAACGGGAGGAGGUUUUUAUCAAUUAAGAGAUUCUUAUUUUCGUUCCUUAUUUUUCAUGAUUUUUAUGGGGUUUUUGUACAGAUUUUAAAGUGGUUUUAAAAAAUGAAUUACCUUUUUUUUUUUAAAGCAUUAAUAACAAUUUUGUAAAGCAUGUGUACAAUUAUGUUAAAUGCAUUUCACUUGACUUUAUUUCUGUAUUUGGGCAUUUGAUAGGUUAUGAAGACAUUUUACAAACGUGACCCAGUGAUAAUAUAACGGAAAUGUUCAGCCCGCACUUUGUAAACACUGUGUGAAGGAACAUACUGUAAGCCUAGCACACAUUAGGCUUUUCAUACUGUCGUUUUAUGUUACUCUGAAAAGACAACACAGUGUUUAGCUGCACAUGUCAGAUUAAAGCUUUCCCCCCUCUGUCCUCUGUUAGAUAUAAACCACACACACAGGCUGCAGUCGAGCAGACAGGAGGUACAACUCUUGAAACCCACGUAUGAGUACUUAAAGACAGUGGCAUUCAUCAAAUGUCAUAAGGAGGAUGAUGCACUUUUGUAAAAUGUUAAUAUUCUAGUAAAGCGAUGCCGGCAAAGUACAUUCAAUGGCAGUUGUAGUUCACGGCUGUAAUACUUCUUGUCGGAGGGUUAUAUGAAAUAUAUCCUGCAUUAAUUUCAGGAAGCUUUGCCUUUUUGCAAAACACUUUUGCAGCAUUUGUAUUGUGUAGUAGAUAGUAUAUAAUAAUAAUAAGACAUUUACACAGGACUUGAAAACAUCUCACCUAUUGUACUCUACUGCAAAAUGUAGUUGGAAUACUCGUGUGUAGGGCUGUGUAAAGAGAGCAGGAAGAUGCCUUUGCUUGUUUUUUAAUUUUCUCUCUCAGCAGUCCAUAACAUUGGUCUUAUUUUUAGCCAUCAGUAAUAUUGACUUUUCUUUCUUUUCUUUUUUUUUGCACUCUCAGGACCGUGAAAACAGAACAAAAA